GGUGGGAUUCAGGGACACCUUGCCUGGCCUUCAGCAACUGUCUCAGAUGAACUCCUGUGCACCCUGUGCCACACCUGCCAACCCUAUUGAGAUACCUGGGAUAGGACACAAUGCUUGUAAUAUAUUGGACAUAGACAAAGCUAGAAAUAGAAGAGGCACUGAUCUCCCUGCUCCUGCUUGCUGUGCUCCAGUAAAAGGCAGCUGAAGGUGAUUUUGGCUGCCCACAUCUGUGCUACCUGUCUCUGCUGCACAUGUAGAGAUCUUCCAGCUGAGAGAUGCGAGGGGACUGUAGCUCCUUCAGUCACCCCAGACACAGAUGGCAGAGCUUAUUUCCAGAAAAGAAAUGUUCUGGCCCUUAAGACACAUUCUGGUACAAAAAAACUAAAGUCUGUCAUCUGAGAACAAGAAGCCAGAUUUUCUGACAUCCAGUGGUCCUGGUAUCCUAAAUGACAAGAAUUAAGGAGUCCAGGAAAUGCUGGUCUGAGAAGUUGUUGAAAAGUUUCCUGCAGCCUGAAAUGACAGAGAGCCUUGUAAAAAGGACACCCCUAUUUUACACCCAAAAAAUAUUGCUUAAUAGGUAUUAAUCUGAAGAAAUAUAUUGUAUGGUAAAGUUUUUCACAGACUACCAACCUUCUGAGAACCCAGAGAGCAUUUAAUUUUUGUCUGAACAGAAGCACCUAAUGUCAGUGCACAUGCUACAAUGGAAACUAUAAGACAAAUACAAAGUUUUGGCAUCUGUGUCACCUGUAUGUAUCCUGUAGCAUCUGGUGUGGUGUUUGCUACUCUUCUAGUUUCUUGCUGCUCAUCUCUGAACAUAAGAGCUCGUCCACUUGUUUCUAAUUCACCUUUCCUUUCUAUCUGGAAUGCUCCUACAGAACUUUGUACUCAAAGGACUGGAGUGCAGCUGGACAUGAAUUUUUUUCCUCUAAUUGGAAGCACAUUAAAGACAUCCAUUGGGCAAAACAUCACUCUCUUCUAUCCAGACAGGCUUGGCUAUUACCCUUACAAAAAUGAAUUCACAGGAGAGGCAUUCAAUGGAGGACUCCCUCAACUCUCACUGCUGGAGAAUCAUUUAAAAAAAGCCAAAGAGGACAUCCAGUUCUACAUUCCUUCAGAUGAACAACUUGGAUUGGCUGUCAUUGACUGGGAAAACUGGAGACCUGUGUGGAUAAGGAACUGGGGAUCAAAAGAUAUUUAUAGACAGGAAUCCAUUGAGCUAGUUCAGCAGAGAGACCUCAGUCUAUCAGAAGCUGAAGCCAGAGCUAUAGCUAAAAUGGAAUUUGAAUUUGCAGCAAAAUCAUUUAUGUUGGAAACUUUGAAGCUGGGCAUAGAAACUAAACCAAAUCGUCUGUGGGGAUAUUACCUUUAUCCAGACUGUUAUAACUAUGAUUACAAACAAAACCCACACAAUUAUACAGGAACCUGUUUAGAUAUUGAAAUAGAUAGAAAUAAUGAACUUAACUGGUUGUGGGAGAAAAGCACAGCACUUUAUCCAUCUAUCUAUCUAGAGACAGCCUUAAAAUCUUCCAGAAAUGCUCAACUCUUUGUUCGCAACAGAGUUCAAGAAGCCAUUAGAACUUCCCAUGUCUCCAAUUCUAGUCAUCCCCUCCCAGUUUUUGUAUAUACACGUCCAGUAUUCACAGAUGUCUAUGAGGAGUAUCUCUCUGAGGAUGACCUGGUAAAUACCAUCGGAGAAUCUGCUGCACUGGGUGCUUCUGGAAUUGUGAUCUGGGGUGAUAUGAAUUUAACACAAAAUAAGAACACCUGUAGAACUCUGGACAACUACCUUAGGAGGACUUUGACCCCAUACCUCAUCAACGUCACAAUGGCAACCAGAAUAUGUAGCCAAGUGCUAUGCCAAGACUCUGGUGCUUGUGCACGGAAGAAAUGGAAUUCCAGUGACUAUCUUCACUUGAAUCCUGAGAAUAUUGCAAUUCAAAUGGCAAAGGAUGGAAAAUACACUUUACAAGGGCAACCAUCAUAUCAGGAUCUGCAAACGUUCAUAGAAAAAUUUGAUUGCCAUUGUUAUGCAGGGCACAGCUGUGAACCUAGAGCUGAUAUAAAUGACAUCCAUUACCUCCAUGCUUGCAUUUCAGAAGAUAUUUGCAUUCAGAUAUCCUCAAAUUCAUUUUCUAACAUAGAAGACUCUGAAGAAAAGAUCCUGUCUAACAGAACUGCAUUUUCAUUUACCUCUGAGAGUAAGGUGACAUUAUCUACACAUCCUGAAAUAGAAGAUAUCCAAUCUACCUUUGGAAAUAAUAUACUGAAUAUAACAACUGCAGAAUAUAACUCUGUUACAGCUGCCAGUAGCCAUGGUUUAGGAGAAAACGAUACUCGUACUUUCAAUAGUUCUUCAUCCUAUAAGAUAAGGAUGUUUAAUCUGUUUCACUUAAUUCUUCUUUUGAGAACCUUAAUACAAAUGACCCAUGAAAGUGAGAAUAUCCUUUUCCCUGACUAUAUUUGAAAUUCUAAAGGUUUUAUUUACAAAACAAACAAACAAACAAAUUCCUGAAAGGCUUAUUGUCUUAUCUGUAUCAGGUAACCUUUGCUAAUCCAUAGGUGUCACUUCAACCUGAAUGUAUUUCUUCAGUUUAGUUCUAUAAACUAAUAUUUGUGCCAAAGAUAUAUUGGUCUAUAUAUACUGACUAUGCCAUAUGAGAGGAUAAUCCAGAAUAAGAAACUUUUAUACAGUUUACAUUUUUAACCCUUAUACUUGGAAAAAAAUAAUUGUUGACAAUGCUCUUUUUUGUACUUCAAAUUAAGAAAUUAAAUAUAUAAUAUACAAAAUAAGUCAUCAGGUUUGAUACUCUAUGCAAUAAUUAAUUUCAUUCCAUAUGAAUGGAAUUAGCUUCUAAAAAUAUUUGGCUUAAAUUUAGAUCUGUGGAACUCUUCAGCAUAAAAUUUAUCUGAUUAAUGUAAUGUUCCUCUACUUUUCACAAAAUCUUUAGGGAUCCUGUAGUUUUUUUUUAAUUACAUAUAUUUGUAACUCUGCAAAAGAUUUUAAUUUCAGUGUAAGUGUUGACUUUGAAUAUUACAGCUUCAUUGUUUAAAAUUUGAGCUGUAGCAGUUUAUGCUUUCUUCUCACAGACCCUCCCCCUUAUUUCAGAAGUCCCUUUCUUGGUUUCCAGUUGUUUUGUCUUGCCAAUACUCAUAACUCAUGCGCUCUGCCUGUGCAUUCUAGCCAGCACAGAUCACCAGUCCUAAAUUCUCCAUCCAGCUGUCCUUAGGAACUGGAUAGGGCUGUAUGUGACACUUGGACAGAAGUCUGUGCAUGGGACUGUAAGCCUUAUUUCUUCCUGAGGAGUCUCAUUUGGUGAAAACCAGUUUAUUCCUUAGGAAAACUCAGCAGUGGAGGCAGAAAAAUAAGUGUCACUGGGGACCUGAGACAAUCUGAGGACCACCCUUCAGAUUCAGAACUUAAAGUAUUUGCUCAAUACUAUUCCAUUGCCAAAAUCAGUGUGAAAGUAGCAGAAAUACCUCAGAAGAAAAUUAUGCCCAGUAUCAUAUCAGGAGUCUAGUUAUGAUUAACAUAUAGUCAGUUUAAGCAUUUGAAGCAAUUAAUUGCAGUUUAUUUGAUAAAAUAACCUUUUCAAAUUAUUAUGUCAGAUGUGUAAUAGUUUGCCUUCUGAUGGGUGAAAAGUGGCUGCUGGCAUGGAUUAAAAAUCUCCCUAGAGCCAGGCAUGAUCUGCAUAAAUAAUUCAACACCUCCCACAGAUAUAGCCUGCCUCACUAAUGAAAAUAACCAGGACUUCAAUAUAGUGGCCAUUUACUUAUAAAAAGUUCAUUCCUUAAUCCAGCAGAAAACAUAUAUUAUAUACAUUUUCUUUGACUUUUCAGGUUGUUGGUCAUAACAGAGAUGCAGAAAAUAGAUGAAGCCUUUAACUUAAUUUGGAGAAAUAAUGUUUUAUGGCUUUUGAACAGCAAGUUAUCAAGAGGAAGUGACAAUUUUCCCAUCCCAGUUACAGUGAUAAGUCCACGAGUCAAAGCUGUUUCUGCCAUUAAUGUUCCAAGUGGAAUCAUGAAUAAAAAUAAAUAUAAGUAGCAGAUUGUUCAGCACAAAAGAAUCCAUCUGGUUUUGAUCACCUGUGUAAAAACAUGCUUUUUUCCACUGCAGCUUUGAUACUGGUUAUUUCAUCUUGGGUAAAGAAAAGGCAUGGUAUCAUAACUCCUUUGCCUGAACUCCCUUCACACUGCAUUUGUGGUAACUAUCAAACGGUCUCUAAAAACUGGAAACAUCACUGGUAAUGCUUUAGCAAAAUUUGUAUGACUUACAUGAAAUUUUAUUUUUUUCACAAGGCUUUGACACGGUUCUGAACUGAAAGAUACUGGAUCUGUAGCACUUUGUGGUAAGACAGCUUGCAGGUUCACAAAAUCUGCAAGUCUUACCGUGAAUACUUUUGAUUAUCAGCCAG